GAAAUUGUAGUCGCAGCUAAUAACAGUGACGCUCACUCGACAAGCAUACAAGAACAGAAUGUCAGGGCAUAGAGGCGGUGGGGGGGCUGGAAGCCAUCAAGGUGGCCCUCCGGGCCUCAAGCAGAUUGAUUUGGAUCAAAUCUGGGGAGACUUACGCGAGGGCAUAGAACAAGUUUAUAACAGACAAUGUAUGUCAAAACCGAGAUACAUAGAGUUGUACACACAUGUAUAUAAUUAUUGCACAAGCGUUCAUCAACAACUGACUAGGACAUCAAGCAAGAGUAAAAAGGGACAAAUUCAACAAGGAGGUGCACAAUUAGUAGGAUUGGAAUUAUACAAACGUUUGCGUGAAUUUCUUAGGAAUUAUCUCAUUAGUUUACUCAAACAUGGCAUUGAUUUGAUGGACGAGGAUGUGCUGCAGUUCUACACAAGACAAUGGGAGGAAUAUCAGUUCAGCAGUAAAGUGUUAAAUGGCGUAUGUGCAUAUCUCAAUCGUCAUUGGGUACGCAGAGAGUGCGAGGAGGGUCGCAAAGGAAUUCAUGAAAUUUAUCAGUUGGCCUUGGUUACCUGGCGAGAUAAUUUAUUUAGGCAUUUAAAUAAACAAGUUACUAAUGCAGUGCUUAAAUUAAUCGAACGGGAGCGUAACGGUGAAACGAUAAAUACUCGAUUAGUCAGUGGCGUCAUCAAUUGUUAUGUAGAAUUGGGUUUAAAUGAAGACGACCCAGGUACUAAAGGACAAAAUUUAACAGUAUAUAAAGACUCCUUUGAGAAUAUCUUCCUCGAGGAUACCGAACGAUUCUACAAUCGUGAAAGUUCCGAAUUUCUUAGACAAAAUCCUGUUACAGAAUAUAUGAAAAAAGCAGAACAGAGAUUAUUAGAAGAACAGAAGCGAGUACGCGUUUAUCUGCAUCAGACGACUCACGAGCGAUUGGCGAAAACAUGCGAAAGAGUACUUAUCGAGAAACAUCUGGACAUAUUUCAUUCCGAAUUCCAGAAUCUAUUGGAUGCUGAUAAGAAUACAGAUUUGGGCAGAAUGUAUCAGCUAGUAGCGAGAAUACCGAAUGGCCUCGGAGAGUUAAGAAAUCUCUUAGAAAGUCACAUAGCUAAUCAGGGACUUGCAGCUAUAGAUAAGUGCGGUGACUCUGCGGCUAAUGAUCCAAAAAUUUAUGUCAACACAAUCUUGGAGGUGCACAAAAAGUAUAAUGCCUUAGUGCUGGUUGCAUUUAACAAUGAUAGCGGUUUUGUUGCAGCCUUGGAUAAGGCUUGUGGACGGUUUAUCAAUAGCAACUCUGUUACAAGGGCAGCUAAUAGCAGCAGUAAGUCACCUGAAUUAUUAGCUAAAUACUGCGAUUUGCUGCUGAAAAAGAGCAGUAAAAAUCCGGAAGAGGCAGAACUCGAAGAUACUCUUAAUCAAGUUAUGGUAGUAUUUAAAUACAUUGAAGACAAAGAUGUAUUCCAGAAAUUUUAUAGUAAGAUGCUAGCAAAACGAUUAGUGCAACACAUGUCUGCUAGCGAUGACGCAGAGGCUUCUAUGAUCUCUAAACUGAAACAAGCUUGUGGAUUUGAGUAUACUUCAAAGUUACAACGUAUGUUCCAGGAUAUUGGUGUGUCUAAAGAUCUAAACGAACAGUUCAGAAGACAUUUGACAAAUUCUGCUGACCCUUUGGAUAUAGAUUUUAGUAUACAAGUUUUAUCUUCUGGUUCAUGGCCAUUCCAACAGUCCUUUACAUUUUCGUUGCCAACAGAGCUAGAGAGAUCUGUGCAUAGAUUCACUACUUUCUAUAGUUCACAACAUAGUGGCAGAAAGUUAAAUUGGUUGUAUAAUAUGUCUAAAGGAGAACUACAUACGAAUUGUUUCAAGAAUAGAUAUACAUUGCAAGCAUCGACUUUUCAAAUGGCAGUUUUGUUAGCAUACAAUGGAUCUACAUCAUGGACAAUACAACAAUUGCAAUAUGCAACUCAAAUAAAAAUGGAUUUUCUAUUACAGGUUGUUCAAAUACUUUUGAAAGCUAAACUUUUAACUGCAGUUAGCGAUGAUGUAGCUGAACUGACUCCAUUGUCGACGGUAGAACUUUUCACAGGAUAUAAGAAUAAAAAACUAAGGGUAAAUAUUAACAUACCUAUGAAGACGGAAUUGAAGGUUGAACAAGAGACUACACACAAACACAUAGAAGAAGAUAGGAAACUUCUAAUCCAGGCAGCAAUUGUUAGAAUUAUGAAAAUGCGAAAAGUAUUGAAGCAUCAACAGUUGGUGGCAGAAGUAUUGAACCAAUUAAGCUCUAGAUUCAAGCCAAGAGUACAUGUCAUCAAGAAAUGUAUAGAUAUUUUAAUUGAAAAAGAAUAUUUGGAACGCACAGAGGGUCAAAAAGACACUUAUAGCUAUCUGGCAUGAUCAGUCGAUUUAGGACAACGAUACAGCAGCAGCCAUAUACAUAAAACAAAAAUAAACUUAUAUUCAUUAUCAUUGCUAUAUACGUAUCAGAAUAUUUAUUUAAGUUUCUAAUGUAAUUAUCCAUAUUUUUAUUCUGUACAUGGAUGCCUUUGUACCGUAUUGUCCUUCUCUGGUCGCAUUUAGGAAAAGCUCUGGCUUUUUAUAUAUCUUUCAAAAGAUAUAUACAUGCAAUGUCAUCUAAAAAAAAAGAGAUGAUAAAAUUAUUUCAUAAUUAUCAUAGUCAAUGUGCUAGGUGUGUUACUGUCUGUGCUAUUUUCCAUAUAAAACAGAGUGUACUGCUUGGCCAUACUAUCACAGAAAACACAAAAUAUGAGAAAUAAUCUACAGAGUAUUAUAGCAUGAUAAAAAAAUGUGCAUUUUUAUUGCAUUGCCAUUAAUAUUUUUCGGUUUUGCAAUCGUGAGAAUAUUAAAGAGUAAUCUAUUUUCCAUAAAAUAAGAAGUACUAUGAAAAUGGGAAAAGUAAAAGACAUGUGCUAUUACAUCUCUCUAUAAAAGAAUCAUUGUAAAUUAUAAUAUUGGUUAUAUAAAAAAAAAUAAAUGCAAUAAAAUAUAAUAAAACAAAUUGUAGAACAUUUUCGCGAGCACAUAGAUAGUAAUGCAUUUUAGCAGAAAAAAAGUCCAACUUUUAUGAUAGAUAUAUUUAAGACCAGAAAAUUUUAUAUCAACAUGUGGAUGCAAAAUAUCAUUGCAAUGGUAGCAAUUUAAUUGCCUUUAUGUAUAGCGCAAUUUCGCCAAUUGAAUCCUAGAUAAAAUAUUUGAAAUUACAAAGAUAAAAAUUUAUAACAUAUGAUUUCCUAUUGAAAAUUGAAUGCUAACAUUAUUUUAAUUUGUUAGCAUAUUAUAAUUAGCGCGACUGAGAUCAAAAUUGAUAUCUUACAAAAUUACACUUAAGAGUAUAAUGCAAAAUGUCUAGAGGUAGUGACCUCAAUUAUCCUUAGGCUGAAACAGGGUUUGAGGAUCAACAUGCUGAUUCUUAACUUAUUAAUGAUCAAUCUCGAGUAAAUUUGUUUAAAUUUUUGUAAAAUUUUUAUUACUGUAGUAGAGAGAGAAAUGUUUAGUAUUUACAGUGCAAUAUGGAAAUGGUUAGAUACGAAUAUCUGUGGUGAAUAAAGUGAUUGGAAAAGAAAAAGAGGAAAAAACAGCUACAAAAUAAUGCUUAUAUGAAUUUCAACUUCAGUGCUCUCAACAGGAAGAGUUGUAGAUCCUGUGUAACUCUAAACGUUUGAAAGUUAUAAUUGUUUCAAGAUUGAAUUUUGAAACUCGAUAAAUAUAAAAAUGAACGAAAGAGAGAGAGAGAGAAAAAAGUUAGAAAAUUUUAAAUAACUGCAUAUAUGUAUCACAAUCCCUAGAUAUUCAGAUAUUAGUAACAUUUUCCUCGUGACAUAUUGUCAAUGAUAAAAAAAAAGGCUGAAAAGCGAGGGAAAAAUAAAUUGAAAAUUAUUGUAAUUAAACCAUAUUAACAUACUUGCCUGCAGGGCGAACAACUACAUACAUAUUUAGAUACAGGAAACAUUAACUUAAUGUAUUUUAUUAAAUAAAGAGUGUAUUGCGAAUUUUUUCAAAUUACGAAAGCAUAAAUGUAAUGUUAUAUUCAAGUUAAGUUGUGUGCAGAAAUGGAUACUGACUUAUACUAUAUAUAGUCCUUAUCCAUAUACUUGUGAUAUUCGCUAUUAUUUAAUAUCUCUAUGUAAACGAGCAAUUGUUUACGACGAAUUGUUUGCGAAAAUAAUUUUGAUCGCGCUUUUGUAAGUUUUAGACAUGUACUACAACGGUAUACAUCAUCUUAGGCUAAGAAUUAGGAUCCUCCAUUGCAGAACGAAUGCUCGUGUAUUAUUCAGCGAAGUAACAUUAAUAAUUUUGAGAAGAGGAGAGACGCAUAUUUUUAAAUUCGGUGUAUAGCUCGUCGCGUGACACUUUUCGAUAUGUCACGAUUGUAAAAGCAAAUAAUGAAUAUUUAUACUCGCGUCAAAAUGCGCGGCGAAAAUCUGAUGCUUUGAAUUUUUGUACACUAAGAGUUUGUUAUUGUCAGUUAUUAUUCCUUGCACGCGCGCGUGCACACACAUAUACACAAAUACACACGAGUUAUGUAAAUAAACUGACAUAAAUAAACUGUGAA